AUCGCUAAGAACACAUAUAUAAAAUUUUUAUUUAUAAAUUAUUUUUCGUUUGCAAAUAUGUCCGCAAGGUUGCUGAGGAUACGUUGACCAUCAAAAUUUGCCCCUAAAGACCAUAAGGGCAAGUACUAUAAUGGCCCAUAUGUUGCCCCUAAGAAUGCCACAUUGGAUUGAGUGAUGAUGUGGAGGAGAGAAGUGAGGAGAGAGAUGAUGAGCCACCCCUAAAUUAAGAGGCAACCUCCACACAAAUUUCAAGAAGGAUGUAAGAGUAUUAAAUAUAUUGGUAUUUGUGUACUAGAGGUGAUACAUUGUAUGGGUUGUCUCUUAGUUCAUGAGUGAAUAAAAUAGAUAAAUUUAGAGGUGGUAGUCACAUCUAUCAUAGCACUUGCCCUAAUACCCUAAUUUUCUCACAAAGAAUUACUCCUACCUAUAUAUACUCUCUAAAAAGAAUAAUUUAAUAGGUAUGUUUUUUAUUUUUUUGUCAGAGAAAGUACAGUAGUAGUUCUACACACUAGUAUUAUUUUUUGUGUAUACUUUCUCUCACAAAAAAAAGGAUAAUAUAGUGUAUAUUUCGAAGACUGGAACAGCGACUAAUGUGAACGGGUAACAGUGACUCUUCUCAUUCCCAUUCAACGCACUGUUAAUUUGCGUAGAAUUUUGGUCCAUCCUAUUAAUUGGCGGUGAACCAAGAAAUGCUGCUCAUUAACUACCUAAUGACUUGAAAAAUGUACUUAAACUCACCUUGGCCUUCUCCUAAACCACACACCUAGACUGUAAUCUGUGCUAGUGCAAACAGGGUCACGGAUAAACUCGGCCAUGGAGAUGGAUGGAGUGAAGCAAUUCAGGCUCCAAAUCGACAUGCAGUGCCGCUGCAUGGGUUGCAUCAGGAAGAUCGAGAAGGCAAUGGGUUGCAUCGGAAGCGUCACUGGAGUCGAAACUUCAGUAGCAGAUGUUGAUACAGGGAUUGUGGCAGUGGCCGGGAAGGUGAAUCCAACAAUGCUUUGUCACUGGCUCAAGAGGAGGAUAAGGAAAGACGUCAAAAUUGUGUACCCUGAUCAACAAGUUCAGAACAGCAAGCAGAAACUGAUAAUGGUUCUAGGGAGCAGUUCCAAUGCUAAGGGUGCACAUAAUACACCAUCAGCUCUACCAAUACAAGAUCAUAUGUCCUGGGACUCAGUACCACCAAUAGUUCAAUCAAACCAUCAGAGCUUGCCUUUGAUCGAGCAGAAGAUCAGGGAACUCGAGAAGGUCAGGGACAUGCUGAAGAUUCAGAACCUGGAGACAGAGCUGGGUGCUGUCAGGUGUGAGCUUAAACAGUCGCGGGAAGCUAUCAAUGGUAGUAAGAAGGCUGUGAUGGAUAGUGCUCUGAAUCAGCUGGAAGCCUAUCAUAAACUAGAAGCACUAAGUCACUCACCAUAUGAGUCAUGCUACCCUAGUCAAUAAAAUGCAUUUUCAUUGCAAAUAAACUUUAUUUUCUGUAGUCUAAUUGUGGUUUGCUACCAGUAGUACACCAAAACCUUAAUUGAAGUUUUCAUGCGUCUCCGAAGC